UCAAAUAUUAAAACAUCGACUUGUGUCAUAGCGUAUUGUAUUUUAAAAAUUCAUGGAAUGUUCUAGCAUUGUUACUUAAUCGUUGCCCCAACUCCUGAUGACUAAAACAGGUAGCAAAUUAUCGAUACGAUGAUUUAGUUAUGCGUAGUUAAAUGAUUACAACACCUACCCCAACUAAGCUGUGUUAGACACGGUCAGUCAUAAUUGAAUAUCAUACUAAGGUCGUCGUGUAUUAGAAACGGAUUAGACGCAGCGAAUUCUUUACCCUCGGAUCGUCACGUGACCUCGUAUCUGCUUUGCUCUGAAGAAGUUCUUAACAAGUGGCUUGUUUUAAAAAGUGAAUUUAUAAUAUUAGGAAAUGGAGUUAAUGAAGAUUGUAUAUAUUUGGACUGUAUUGUCGUUUGUUUUGCUGCAAAGUGCUAUGGUGGGAACUGAACAGAGUGCAUUCGAAUUGCCGGUCCAGUUGGUGGGGUUCCCUUUCAUAAUAUUAGCGGUUAGGAUCACCAAUUUCAUCAAGAAGCUUUCGUACGCCUUGAACCCAGCGACAUACCGAUCCAGAAAUCGUCGGGAGCUGACAUUUGCAAGCGAGACUUCCGAUCCUUUUGAUGCGCAAGAGGUGGAGAAAUAUAUCACGGCUGAAUUCGGAGCACGAGCUUGUGUAUUUGAGCGCGUCUGUGCGCAUUAUGCGACGCGAGCCCGCACACAGCCGAGACCGCAAAUGGAUUGGCCUGAUGUAUUUAGCCAAUACAAGCGUUCACCAGACCAAGCCAAGGAGCUGUAUUUAUUGAGCGUAUUUCUCGGAGACAUCGUGGGAUCUCCGCAACUCUGUCACCAGCUCGGAAAGAGAAGAGGUUGUGACGAAAAUCUCCUAGGAAACACUAAGUUAUAACAAUUUAAUUUGUAAUUUAAUAAGAGUUUAACUGUUAAA